GAUUACUUUUUUGAUUUGUCAUAAAAAAGUUUAACUUUCAAGAAUCUUGAUUUCUGUAAAAUGAUUUCUUUUUAUUCAGUUUAAUCUGGAAGAAUGUUGUUUUGGUGUCAUUUUUAGUUUAGCUAACUUGUAUGACCAAGUCAUUUUGUUGUGAAUUCUUGUUUCUCAUUGACCUACUAUAUGUUUGGUUUUAUUCUAGCUUUAUAGGCCAACUGAUAUGACUAAGUCAUUUGAAGGUUGAUUUUGUAUGUGUUUGUUUCUUAAUUAUCUCCACUAUGUUUGGUUUUCUAGCCUUGUGGGCAUGAUUUUCCUUGGUUAAAAAUUUAUUUGAUCCUACAAGAAAGCAUGUAAUUACCUUUGAAUCCCCUUUUUUAAAUAAUUUAAUUCCAUAAUGUGCCCUUCUUGUUAAAAUUCUAUCUUUUCUCUUCCUAAAAUCCUGGUCUCUGUAUUACCUGGAACCUUAUAUAUUCCAUGUUGUUUGUGGAAUAAUCUCUCUUUUUUUGCAUUUUCCAUUGUUGUUCCCUCCAUGUUUUGCCUAGAAAAAUUAGUUUAUGAUUCUCUGAUCAGAAGGUAGCUGAUAAUGGAACAGGGUUCCUUGGCCUACGUAGGUCCCGAUUCGUGGUUCUAUUAUGUUCUUAUAUCAGUCUCUGGUGAAGGAUUCUAUUGAGGAUUAAACAUGGAGAAUGGUCAUGAAUCACUCAGCAAUGGAAAACCAGCUGAUCCUGGUCUCCAAAUUAUUAGGCACCCCUCUUAUCAAUCGUGUGGCAAAUUAUCAUUAUCUUGGUUAGAUAUAAGAGUUUUCUAUAUUAGAAUCAGCAAUUUUUUGGUGGACGAUUCGACCCCAGAAUAUCUUACUCUCAACCAUAUUCCUCUUUGUCCUGAUACACUGCUUGAAGUCAAUGGAACAAGGUGUUCCAUGUAUUCAGAAGGAGCACCUUGCCUCCUUCGAAGGGACCGGGUUGAUAAGAAAUCUGAAGAAGCUACAUUUGUGAGCACGGAUAGUAUAAGGGUGACAGGAAGUGUGAAAUUUGAGGUUUUCAAUAAGGAUGAUCUUGUGCUCUCGGGGGUUUUAGACAUGUCCAAUAGCAAUGGCUUUGUUGGGGAGGCUAAAAACAGCGUCAAGAGAUGGAAUAUGAAUUGUGAAUCAGUUAUGAGUGCCAGCACUGGUUUUCUGAAGGGUAAACAAAUUAUAGGUUCUGAAUCAUUGUCACCAACGAUUGAAGUCUUUAUUACCGGUUGCUUCUCCGGGACACCUAUCAUCUUAACCAAGAGUUUGCAGCUCAAUCACAGGAAGAAGCACAACAGGAAGGGUAUGUUAGACUCAAUUCCGGAGCAUGAAACAAAUGAGCAGCAUAAAGAUGUCUCAUCUGGACGUGAUCUUCAGGUUGCGGAGUAUAGUAAAUAUGAACCAGAAAGCGAAGAAGACUACAACAGCAUGUACUGGAGGCAGACUGAAUAUAUGGAUGGUGAAGAUGGAGAACUAUCCUGGUUCAAUGCCGGGGUCCGUGUUGGUGUAGGGAUUGGCCUUGGCAUCUGCGUAGGAGUUGGAAUAGGAGUUGGUCUGUUAGUCCGCACCUACCAGACAACUACGCGAAACUUCAGAAGGCGGUUUGUAUGAUAAUGUACUGCUCCAUUUUUUUUUUUUGCAUAAAACCAAACGGCUAACAACAGAGAUAUGCUUGUCUUGAGAGUGUGAAUUCUACUUGUAAGACAGUUUCAGUGUUGCUAACCAUCAUACAUUUUCAUGUAAACCUUACUUUCUGCUACCGAGUCGAGUCUUUUUGUUUUGGAUUUAGGUGUGCAACUUCUUAGUGUUGUUGAUGUUCCAUUCCGUUGCUGAGGUGUGUCCAAGGCUGCAAAUAUUAUAUAAUCAGUUGAACAAAGUUACUGUAUUGAGCUUUUUUGGCUUGUAGUUUUAUGUAAUUUUGUCUUUGUGAAGUUUUUCAUAAUGAGAAACUAAUGGCUUGGUAUUA